AUGGGUCUUUAUAAGGAAUCAAAACGAAAUUACAUCACAUGUGUAAUUGUAAUUAUAUUGAGUGUAAUUACAGUAGUAUCAUUAACAAUGUUUGGUUAUGUCAUUUUCUAUAGAGUCCAAUUAACAAAUGAAUUACAUUUUUUAUUAAAAGAAAUAACACGUGUGAUUGGAGAACAACUGUCUGGUUUUAUUAAUUGUGAAAUUAAUUUUGAUUAUUUUUUUAAAAUAAUUAAAGAAAAAGAAGAAAAUAAACAAAAAGGAGAAAAGGAAUUGGUUUUUAAUACACUUUAUUCUAUGUUUAUGGCAUGGAUUGAAGAUAAAAAGGAUAAAAAUAUGAUAGAAAGUUUAGAAAAGUCAUUUAAUGAUGUUUUUCAUAAAAUUGAAGAUAAAAUACAAAUACUUUGUUUAAAAAAGGUAAUGAAAGAUUUUAAAAAAGAGUAUAUGGUAUUAUUUUCUAUUUUUCAUAAUUUAGAAAAUUAUGAUAAUGAAAAUAUAAAUGGUGCUAUCAAACAACUAAAAGAAAAACAUAAACAAAAAUCUAAUGAAACUGUAGUUGUUAACGAAUAUAUCUCGUUGGGUCAAGAAGAGUUUUCUAUUAUUGAAGAACUAAAUGUUAGUCUUUCUUUUACAAAUUUUAUUUUAAAACACUUUCUGUUUUUUUCUUUCGUUCUUGUUGUUUGUCCACAUUAUCAGUGGUUUUAUGAAGAAUUAAGAAAAUUUAGUUUAAAUCAAUAA